CCAACUGCUUAACAGACAUUCUUUUUAGAAAGAGAGAAAAAGAAUCAUGAGUUUGUCUACCCAGGAUGUUUAUAUCUACCGAAAGCAGUUUGGUGUAAAUUUGGGUGCUUGGUUUUGUCAAGAACGAUGGAUUAACGAUUCGCUCUUUGAAGGGCCUGGAGACAGUGAGUUUGACGCUGUUCAAAGCGUUGUUCAGAAACACGGAAUAGACGGAGCACGCGGUCUUUUUGAAAAUCAUUGGAGAACGUGGAUUAGCACGAACGAUUUUUCCAAUCUUCAGCAGCUAGGAGUCAAUACUGUUCGUAUACCGAUUGGAUAUUGGACACUAGGACAGAGCCAGUUUUUGCAGGGCACUCCGUUUCAGCAAUAUGCAGGAGUUUAUCAAAACUCUUUAAAUAUUUUGUGCGAAAAAAUUCGAGACGCUAGUACCAAGUCCAUCGGCGUGUUGGUUGACUUUCAUGGCGUCUAUGGACAAGCGAAUGGAGGUUCUCACUCUGGAACUUCCUCUGGUAAAGUAGAGUUUUUUAGUAAUUCUCAAAACCAACAAAGGAUGGUAUCUGCUCUCCAAUAUGCUGUCUCCGUCUUAAGAAACUUGGAAAAUCUCGUCGGCAUCGAGGUAAUUAACGAACCAGAAUGGGGACAAUAUAAUGUACUUAAUUCCUAUUACCAAAAUGCCCGGAAAGUCAUCCCAUCUUACUUGCCUACCUACAUUGGUGAUGGAUGGGAUAAAGAUCAUUGGGUGAACUGGGUGAAUGAGCAUGAAAACGACGGUUUUUAUGUUGUUGAUCACCACAGCUAUUUCUGCUUCGGUGGUGAUUUAAUGAACCAGUCCCCUAAGACGAUCACCAGUAAGCUAAACUCCGGAGAAGAAUAUGGAAAAACAAAGCUUUCCAACCUUAUUGUAGGUGAGUGGAGUUGCGUACUUACAGAGGAGUCAUGGCAACAAACCAAGCUGCAUCAAUACAGACGCAAACAGUUCGGAAAAGCGCAAGUGAGUCAAUACUUAAAUAAUACUGGAGGAUGCGAUUUUUGGACAUACAAAUUCCUGCACGGAAAAGGUGGAGACUGGGAUUUCCGGGUUGAGAAUGAAGAUAAAAUUGUGCAAUAUCCCAAACAUCUUCCCAAAGCUAGUGGUUCAAUGCCAUGUAAGCUCUCUAAAAGACGUAAACAAAAUUAUUCUGGGCACUGUUAUUAUUGGGACCAUCUGCACCCAGAUGGUCAGUAUCAGCAUGAGCUUUACCUCCAAGGUUGGAAUCAAGCGUGGAGUGACCAUGUAAAUUUUCUUAAACAUGGCGCUCUCAUCGGAUUUCCUCGUGGAUGGACAAUAAAGCGUAUGUCUGAGAUUCAAUCUCAAUCUGCAUGGGAGUAUCGAGACGGCAUGAAUGCGUGCUGGACGAGUAUGGACCAACUUGGCUAUCUAAAGUGUGCUUAAGAUUUUUUUCCUUUUUUUUCAGAAUUGAAAUAUUCAAUAUAGGACAUGCUGCCACGUCUCAAGCGUCAACCCUUAUACUUUCGGGGCCAAAGUCUGCUUGAGUCAAACCUAUACUUUUGACAUACAUGCAUUUUUCUCAAUCCAUAUGCAUUGUUUUACCCUAGGCAAAUGUGGAAAGUACGAAAGGACUUAUAAUUACAAUAUAAUCUUACACUCAUGCAUAUACCAAUUAAUGAAAUUCACCAUAUAAAUAUAGUUUACCUUGUUCAACCGUUUGUUUAAAUACCACG